AUGAAUUACCCCAAAGAGCAUCCCGAAAAAAUUCUUCGAUUACGUGAUUUUUGGCACGCAUUAUUCAUAAUCCCUAAACCCUGGCCUAACCCUAAAUCUAAGGAUGUGAUGGUUAUUAAAAUAGAUUGGUUUGUUCAUAAAAUGUCUACGUUGUUCGGUCUCGUUGGAAGGUUUUCUCGCCAUACAUCACACACUUUCCAACCAAGAGUCUUUUUCUCAUCUACUUCCACAUUACCUAACACGCUUAAGACAUCUGAUUUCACGAAAGAAGAUUUAAAGGCACUGAAAGUGAGGUUCCAACCAGCCCCGUCCGAAGGCCACGCCAUUCCUGAUAAGGAUUUCACAGAAUUUCCGCAACAAUAUGUUUGUCCCAAAAUCAGUAAAACGAUACUCAAUGAACCAGAUUUUAAUGUUGAUAAUAUUAGCGAAAUUCCGAAUAAUAGCGUCCGAUCAUUCAUUUAUAAAUCGCAUGAUGUCACGAGAAACUUAGGGAUACCCGAAACUAGAACCAACUCAAUGGUUGAAGAUUUGCUUCGUAUUGCUAUGAUGAAUGGCUGGCCCUUAUCGAUAAUGUAA